AAUCGUUUAAACGACUCGCCAAGAAAAACAUGAAGAGCUCGAAAGGCGAGUCUGCAUUCUACGCGCCGAUUCCGGCCAACCCCGAUUCGGGCCAACCCCAACAACACGUCGUCGUUUUAACUCACUACCGCCCUUAUCGCGACGACUACCUCGAACGACGUCGUUUCCGCCUCUGCGUCUCCACCACCGCCGCGUUCCUCUUCAUCUCCGCCGCCGUGUUUUUCCUCUUCCCGUCCGACCCGGCCCUCAGCCUCGCCCGGAUCCAGCUCAACCACGUCGGAGUGCACUCGUCGCCGAAGCUCACUCUGGACGCGUCGUUCUCGCUGACCAUCAAGGUGCGUAACCGCGACUUCUUCUCUCUGGAGUACGACUCGCUGGUGGUCAAAAUCGGGUACCGGGGGAGAGAGCUAGGGUUUGUGAGCUCCGACGGCGGGCGCGUGAGGGCGAGAGGCUCGUCGUACGUGAACGCCACGCUCGUGGUGGAUGGGCUGGAGGUGAUUCACGACGUGUUUUACUUGCUGGAGGAUUUGGCUAGGGGUGAGAUUCCGUUUGAUACUGAUUCCGUGGUGGAUGGAACCGUUGGGCUAUUCUUCUUCAGAAUUCCGAUCAAGGGAAGAGCUUCGUGUGAGGUGUAUGUGAAUACAAACGAUCAGACAGUUGUUCGUCAAGAUUGUUACCCUGAGUGAAGAGGUUGAAAUCAAGAGGUGUUAAAAGCUGAAUUAGAGUUUUAACAACUUUUAGAGAGUGAGCAUGUACUAUACUGGUGAAGUGAUUGGUUGUGCAAUCUAUAGCUUUAGGACCAUAAAAUGAUCAUUGAAACAAAUUCAUCAUGUAUUCAACAAUCAUUGUAUAUAAAUCAAACUUCAUUUUGUAUGGUUGAAAUUGUUUUACCUUUUUUUUGGUUAUUGAAAAUGAAGGAUAGCUAGCUGAACAUGUAUGUCAAUGUGAUGUAAACAUGGGCUACCUCAGUUGGCCCGCUCAUCAUCAGAUUAGGCCCAGUUAUGGAUCCUAUUUCGAACCAGAGAAGGAGUAGAGUCCAAUACCCAGGGAGAUAAGGCUU